UUGGAAACAUUGGAAAAAUGGCGGAAAACAGUAUCGAUAGUUUGGCACAGAAACAUCUGGAGGUUAAUGCUGCAUUGGAGAAAAGUGUACGACCUAAGUUGUCAAAAGUGUGGGAAUACUUCACUUUAAACACUGCAAAGAAGACAGUUUCCUGCAAAAUGUGCAGCAUGGACCUCGCGUGGCAUGGAAGUACUACAUCGCUGCGGGAGCACCUGAAGAGGAAGCAUGUUUUAUCCACGCAUGAAGAAAACUCACGAAAGAAACAAGCCAGCAUUAGCGACUUGGUAGAAAGGAAGGUGUGCACACCAAAGCACGCGGCUGCAUUGACUGAUGCUAUCCUGAAUAUGUUGCUAACUGACAUGAGGCCACUAUCAAUUGUGGAGGAUGAAGGUUUUAGACAAAUAAUUCACAUCCUCAACCCUGGUUUAACUCUUCCCUCGAGGACCCAUUUUACCAAACUGAUGGAGAGGAAGUACGAGCAGAAAUACCAUGCAGUGUAGACUGACAUAAAAGGCACCCAGAGCAAAAUUGCUCUCACUACUGAUGUGUGGACAAAAGUAGCCUUUCUUGGCAAUACAUGCCAUUACAUUGGAGACAAAUGGAACAUGAAGUCAAUCUGCCUUACGACCAUGCCACUAAAGGAAAGACUUUCAGUAUCCAACAUUGCAGAAUGGUUGGAAUAGGUAAUAGCCAGGUUUGAAAUUCCCCUAAGCAAAAUUAUUGCUAUUGUGCAGGACAAUGGUGCACUUUAUACAAAAAAACAUUUUUGUGAUACUUGCAUUAUUUUAUUUAGCAAGUCAA